AUUGUCGACAAUAACGAGCUGCCCGUAAUUGCCUCACGAGGUGCCCGACCGUUCAGUUCGCCUCGGAGUCCCGGCCAGGCAGGUCCAAAUAACUGGUAGAAUAAUUUCUUAGAAGGCACUUGAAGUUCUUGGAAGAAAGGGAACAAUAGUUUCGGGUGUCAACCAUGGGUGCCAUGUUCAGGAGUGAGCAGAUGGACCUGGUCCAGCUGCUCAUCCAACCGGAAGCGGCUUACUCGUCACUGGCGGAACUUGGAGAGCUCGGAAUCGCUCAGUUUCGUGAUCUCAACGCCGACGUGAACGUGUUCCAGCGCAAGUACACCAGCGAGAUCCGACGAUGCGAGGAAAUGGCCCGCAAGGUCGCCGUGAUCCGCCGCGAGUUGACCAAGGAUGAGGUCACGACGCCGGACUUGUCGGACAACAUCCCGCGGACGCCCAACUCGCGCGAAAUCAUCGACCUUGAGGCAGCUCUCGAGAAGACCGAGAACGAGAUCAUGGAGCUGUCCGAGAACAGUCACGCCCUGCUGCAGAACUUCAUGGAGCUGACCGAGCUGAAGAACGUCCUGGAGAAUACCCAGGGCUUCUUCAGUGACAAGUCCGCUGUCCAGAACCUGGAAGCGACCGGUGGCGAGCCCGGUGCCAGCGACAACAAGCCACUGGGCUUUGUGGCCGGAGUAAUCCCACGUGAGCGCAUCAUCGGCUUCGAGCGAAUGCUGUGGCGCGUGUCACGUGGUAACGUCUUCCUACGUCAGGCGCCCAUCGAUAAGCCGCUGACGGAUCCGCGCACGGGUGAUGAAAUCUACAAGAUCGUGUUUGUUGCCUUCUUCCAAGGGGAGCAACUGAAGAGUCGUGUCAAGAAGAUUUGCAGCGGCUACCAUGCCUCGCUGUACCCGUGCCCGAACGAGUACUCCGAGCGGGAUGAGAUGCUGGCGGGAGUCCGCACCCGCAUCGAGGACCUCAACAUGGUCAUCAACCAAACCAAGGACCAGCGCCAGCGCGUCCUGAUGAGCGUGGCCAAGGAGGUGCCCAAGUGGGAAAUCAUCGUGAAGAAGAUCAAGGCGAUCUACCACACGAUGAACAUGUUCAGCGUGGACGUAUCGAAGAAGUGCCUGUUUGGCGAGGCUUGGGUCCCGACGGAGAAUCUGCAGGACGUGAAGCAGGCGUUGAUUAAUGGGACUUCCGCGGUUGGCAGCACGGUUCCGUCGUUCUUGAACGUCAUUUCGACGACGGAGACUCCGCCGACGUUUAAUCGGUGUAAUAAGUUUACGCAGGGUUUCCAGAACUUGAUCGAGUCGUACGGUAUUGCGUCGUACCGUGAGGCUAACCCGGCUUUGUAUACCAUCAUUACGUUCCCGUUCUUGUUCGCUAUUAUGUUUGGAGAUUUGGGCCAUGGAGUUAUUCUGUUCUUGCUUGGACUUUGGAUGGUGCUUUACGAGAAGUCUUUGAGCAGAAACAAGGACGAAAUCUGGCAACUGUUCUUUGGUGGUCGUUACAUUAUCCUGUUGAUGGGCUUCUUCUCGAUGUACACUGGAUUUGUGUACAACGACGUGUUCUCCAAGACGAUGAAUAUCUUUGGAUCUUCGUGGUCUAUCAACUACAACACGUCGACGAUCAUGGAGAACAAGGAGUUGCAGUUGAAUCCUGGUGAGGACUACUCUGAAACUGUCUACUGGUAUGGUUUGGACCCGGCAUGGAUGUUGGCUACCAACAAGAUCAUCUUCUUGAACUCUUUCAAGAUGAAGUUGUCGAUUAUCUUCGGUGUGAUUCACAUGAUCUUCGGCGUUUGCAUGAGCGUCGUCAACAACUUGCACUUCAAGCGUCCGAUCAACCUGCUGCUCGACUUCUUGCCUCAGCUGUUGUUCUUGGUGCUGCUGUUCGCGUACAUGUGCUUCAUGAUGUUCUUCAAGUGGAUCAUGUACACGGCCGUCACCGAGGAGGAUCACCUGAAGCCGGGUUGUGCCCCAUCGGUCCUGAUUCUGUUCAUCAACAUGAUGCUGUUCAAAAAUCAAGAACCACUGGAAACCUGCAAGGAGUACAUGUUCGAGAGCCAGGAAUCUGUCCAAACCAUCUUCAUCUUCUUGGGACUGCUAUGUAUCCCGUGGUUGCUGCUGGCCAAGCCCCUGUACAUCAUGGCAACUCGCAAGAAGCCAGCUCCCGGCGAGCACGUAGCGCCAUCCGGUGGUCACGGCGGCCACGAUGACGAACCGAUGAGCGAGAUCUUCAUCCACCAGGCGAUCCACUGUAUUGAGUACAUCCUGAGUACGAUCUCUCACACCGCCUCGUACCUUCGUUUGUGGGCUCUGUCGCUUGCUCAUGCUCAGCUUUCCGAGGUGCUGUACAACAUGGUCCUCACCAUGGGACUCAAGUCGGACAGCUACACGGGAGCCAUCAUGCUGUACCUGGUGUUCUGGGCUUGGGCGGCCCUAACCCUGGCCAUUCUGGUCGGCAUGGAAGGACUUUCGGCCUUCCUGCACACCCUGCGUUUGCACUGGGUGGAGUUCAUGAGCAAGUUCUACGAAGGCUUGGGUCUGCCCUUCCAGCCGUUCUCGUUCAAGGCCAUGCUGGACGCGGAAAAUGAGGAAAAGUAAAACCUGAUUUGACGUCAGCUUAGUCGCAUUACUGCUACUACUACAACUAGCAGCUGCUGUGUAGAUUGUGCAAAGUAAAUCAAUAAUAUAGAUAACCAGCAUCA